AUGGCCGCUCUACUGGCAACAUUGUGUCUUCUGACGCUAGCCUCCGCCGAACACUUCCAUCACCACGUCCAACAUCAUCACGAGCACGUCAAAGCCAUCACGGUGACCAAGAAGGUGCCUGUGCCGUACCCUGUCACCGUCGAGAAGAAAGUGCCUUACACCGUGGAGGUGCCAGUCGAUAAACCGUACCCGGUCCACGUGCCCAAGCCGUACCCCGUCUAUGUCGAGAAGAAAGUGCCGUACACGGUCAAGGAGUACGUCCCGCAGCCGUACACGGUCUACAAGAAGGAGCCGUACCCGGUCGAGGUGCCCGUCGACAAGCCGUACCCCGUCCACGUCCCUAAACCUUACCCCGUGGUCGUCGAGAAGAAAGUACCUUACACGGUGGAGAAGCACGUGCCGUACCCUGUAAAAGUGGCUGUGGACAAACCUUACCCCGUCCACGUGCCUGUCGUCAAGCAUGUCCCGUACACUGUAGAGAAGAAGGUGCCUUACAAGGUAGAGGUGCCUGUGGAGAAGCCCGUACCUGUGUCUGUGCCCAAGCCUUACCCGGUCGUUGUGGAGAAGAAGGUGCCUUAUACAGUAGAAAAGCCGGUGCCUUACCCCGUCAAGGUGCCUGUAUAUCACCAUCACAACCAUCGAUCUGGAUAUGGGUUGGAACAAGAAACUCACAGUUUUGAUCACAGCUUUGGCCAUCAACAUACCGGUCAUGGAUAUAAUUUCUGA